AUGCUCUAUUUCUCGCACGACCAAAGUGAGCAGUUUCUCUCCGCUGUAACGGAGCAGCACAUGGCGGUGGACGUGGUGGGUCGCAAAUUGGGCGGACUAGUCCUGAGCUGCUCUGACGAAUGGUUUGCAGAGGCCAAAAACUUGGUUGAGCCAAAGGCUCCUAUUAGAGAUGCUACCAGAUUCGUGCAUGCAGGUGCGUGGUACGACGGUUGGGAAACUCGUCGUCACAACACUGCCGAAUAUGAUUGGGUAAUUUUACAGAUGGGGGUCGCUGCGGCGCACAUUGUCGGUUGCGAAGUUGAUACUGCCUUCUUCAACGGUAAUCACGCACCUGCCAUCUCAGUAGAAGCGCUUUACGCGGAAAAUCACGGCAUUGAGAGUGGUGAAAUACUCGAAAAUGACCCUCGUUGGAAAGAAGUCAUCCCCAGUAAGGAGUGUGGGCCCUCUCAGCGACAAUUCAUGCUGCGCGACCAAGCCACUACGGAGAAAUACACUCAUAUCAAAUUAAAGAUGUUCCCUGACGGCGGGAUCGCCAGGUUCAGACUUUACGGACGUGUGGUCCCACCUGCUGACCUUCAGGCGGGCUCUAUUUCAGGCUCUCCGAUCGACCUGGCGUCGGCGUGCAACGGAGGCGUUGCCCUGAAGGUUUCAGACCAGCAUUUCGGAUCCGCUGACAACUUACUGCUGCCUGGUCGCGGCCACGACAUGUCAGAUGGAUGGGAGACCAAACGGUCGCGUUCUCCUGGUCAUGUGGACUGGGCCAUAAUUCAGCUGGGCAAGCGGACUACAAAACUCACCAGUGUAGUCGUCGAUACCGCCCAUUUUCGGGGCAAUUUCCCUCAAUACAUCACCGUGCAUGGUCUAGACAACUCUGGCUCCAACGAGCCACCAAAGCAUGAUGAUCCACGUUGGUUCACGCUGGUAGACAAAUCAAAAACUGGACCCGACUUGGAACACACCUUCGAUCUGGAUAAUGUCGCCUCUGCCACUCAUGUGAAGUUGACAAUCAUACCAGAUGGUGGUGUCAAGAGAAUAAGAGUUUUUGGCUACUAA